AUGAGUGAUUUCGAUUUAUUUCAAAAUAAUUUAUUUUUAUCGAUAGUAUCGAUAAAUCUAAUUCCUAUUAUAAUAAUAUUUCUUCUGAAUUCAAUAAUACUUGUUCGACGAUAUCAAUUAUUAUUAAUCAUUUUUCUUAGUUUUGCAUCAGGUGGUCUAUUGGCUGAUGUAUUCAUUCGAUUAUUUCCAUCUACAAUUGAUUUAUAUAAUAAAUCAAAUGAAAAUGAAAAUCAAUUUCAUAUUGAUCAUCAACAUAAUAAUCAUGCUGGUUUAUUUAUUCUAACUGGUAUUCUUCUUUCAUUUACAAUUGAAAAAUUUCAUCGAUAUUUUCAAAACAAUAAUGAACAAAUAUCAACUUCAACACCUAUUCAUAUCUUAGCUUAUUUAUUUUUAUUGGCGGAUAUUUUACAUAAAUAUACAAAUAAUUUAUCUCUUUUCUCGAUUCUUUUAUCAAAAUCAUUAAUACAUUCAACUCUAUUGAUAAUUAGCAUUAUUUAUGAAACAUUGUAUGUAUUUUAUGGUUAUGCUAUUCUAAUUCAUAGUGGAUGGACUUCAUCUAAGAUAAUUCGAUAUCAAUUAUUAGCAGGAUUUAUUAAUUCAAUUCUUUUCUGGUUUGAUCUUCAAUUUUCAUUGAAUAUAAAAUUACGACUACGAUUAUAUCAAAUAUUUUUACCAAUAUUAGCUGGUAUACUUAUUUAUAUUUCUACAGUACAUAUUAUGCCAAAAGUAAUUGAAAAUAUCUAUGGAAUAAAAGGAACUAUUUUAAAAGUUAAUACUUUUGUUAUUAGUGUUCUUAUUGUAGUCUAUUUAAAACAAUCGAAUAAAUAA